UCUAAUUCGAAUAAUCUAGUUUAGUGCUUGUGAUAAUGGAUUAGGGAAAUAAACUCUGUUAGAGUGCUAUUGGAGUGCUCAAAACAAAUUUAAAUGAAACAUUGUUACUACUAAUCUGGAUACAUAAAAAAUGUUUUGUUUGAUAACAUUGAUCGAUAGUCUUUAACCUUUUCACACUUUGAUACAACAUUUUUUGUUCAUAUUUAGUAUCAAAUAAUUCGUUCUAUGGAAGAUGGAUCAUUGCCAAAAUGUAAAAAGGAAAGAAGAUUUAAGGGAUAGAGCUAACAUAUUCUCGACUUUAACAUUUUUCUAUACUAGAAAUGUGUUUGUAAGGGCGUACAGGAAAACAUUUACUGAAAAAAAUCUCUAUGACGCACCCAAAUCCUUAAAAUCAAAACAAUGUGGGAACCCACUGGAUAAUCGUAUUACUAAAGCAAAGAAAGCUAAAAAAGCUAUUAGUGCUUUUAGCAUUCUAUGGAGGCAAUUUGGAAAAUACUAUUUAUUUUUGGGAGUUAUAGAUUUAUCAUUUCAUGUCUUCUACAACUAUUACCAACCAGAAACAGUCAGCAAAUUGAUUGGAUAUUUCAGCAAAAACUCGAAACUAACAAAAAAUGAUGCAUAUUAUUAUGGAGGAUUUCUCCUUUUAAUCCAAGUAUUUCGGGUAUUUUUUUAUCACAAUUACACAUUGGUAGUUUUCAAAUUCGCGCAAAAAGUAAGAACAUCCUACACAUCUUUGCUCUAUAGAAAAAUUAUGAGGCUAUCGUGCGCUGCUUUAAAUGAAAUUACCCUUGGCAAUAUUGUUACUAUAGUAACAAAAGACGUGGCCUCCUUCGAAGACAAUAUUUUUUUGAUAAACGACAUGAUUUUGGGAAAUUUGGAAAUAACAUACACGUCCUGUUUAUUGUAUUAUAAAAUGGGGCCAACUUCUUUACUUGGAAUUGGAAUCAUGAUUUUUGUUCUGCCCUUGCAGGCUUUUUUGGCAAAGUUAGUGGCCAACUGGAGGCUGGAAAUGAACAAAAAAACCGAUGAAAGAUUGCAAGUAAUGCAGGAAAGUCUCUCCGCCAUAAAAAUAAUUAAAAUGUACACCUGGGAAGAAUGCUUUGUCAAAAAAAUCGUUAAAGCAAGAUUAAAAGAACUUGGUUUACUAAUUCAAAUCUUUUUUAUACAAGUAAUCGUUCUUUUAAUAGGACUUCUUACAUCAAGAGUAUCGUUUUUUGCAUCCAUAUUGCUAUACAUAUAUUAUCAUUCAACUGCAACCGCAGAGUUUGUGUACUACGUGUUGGCAUGCUUUACAAAUAUAAGAGGAUUAUUGGCUUUGUCUAUACCUUAUGGUUGGACCUAUGGCGCCCAAAUGUUCGCGGCCCUAUGCAGAAUAAAUACGGUCCUUAACGCUGAAGAAGUGAAUGAUGAGGAUGAAAAAGUAAUUGAUUUAUGCGGGAUUGCCAUCAACGAUGUAACCGUCGAUAUGAAGGGUGUUACUUUACUUAAAGAUAUAUCUGUAAGAGCUGAAACUGGUUUAUAUGUUGUGAAUGGGCCUGUAGGUUCGGGAAAAAGUGUUUUCAUUAAAACAUUGCUUAAAGAGUUUUCUGUUAACUCUGGAAACAUAAAUAUAAAAGGAUCAGUAUCGUAUGCCUCACAAGAACCAUGGUUAUUUCCUUCCACCAUAAAACAAAACAUAACUUUUGGAGAAACAUACAAUAAACUUAGAUACAGUGAAGUCAUAAAAGUAUGCGCUUUAGAGUACGAUUUUAAAAUCAUGGAUAAUGGAGAAAAUACCAUUGUGGCUGACAAAGGUAUGAAUUUAAGUAAAGGCCAACAAGCUAGAAUAAGUUUGGCUAGAGCGAUUUACAAAGAAAGCGAUAUUUACCUUCUGGACGAUCCCCUUGCCGCAUUGGAUGGAAAUAUACAGGAUUACAUAUUUCACGCGUGUAUUGAAGGCUUUUUAAAGGAUAAGCUGUGUAUAUUGGUCACGCAAAAUGAUAAACAAGCACAGCGAGCCAAGAAAAUUUGGACCAUAAAAGAAAAAACAUUGUUGCAAGACGACAUUUAUUCUGAAUAUAUAAACAAUAAAACUAACGGUGAAAUAACAACAAUAAAAGAUGAAGCUUCCAUAACAAACAUGCUGGAAAAUUUGGAAAAGAAAGAUAUUGAAGUUUACAACGAAACACACAAUGAAAACCCAGUUGAUUUUAAUUAUUAUAUAAAAUAUUUCAAACUGGGUGGCGGAUUUUUGCUAUUGAAUUGCAUUCUUAUGAUUUGUGUUUUAAAUCAGAUUGUAUCCAGUUAUUCCGACACUCUCCUAUCAAAUUGGGUUGAUCUAAACCAAAAAGCAGCCGAUCAUUCCAACGACACCAACUCAACUAUAUACGAAGAAACCAAACAGGAAACAAGUCAAACUAUUUACAUAUACCUGGGUAUGAUUGUGGCUUCAAUUGUUUUGGAACUUGUUUUAGCUUACACCCAUCUUGCAUUUUUAAAGAAAUCCGCCAUAAAAAUACACAAUCUUAUGGCCACUUCAGUAAUCAAAGCUGCAAUGUCCUUUUUCGAUGUCACAUUUAUUGGGAACAUUUUAAAUAGGUUUUCUCAAGAUUUAAGUGUUGUUGACGAAUCGCUGCCUUUUAUACUGUUAUACUUUCCUAAGGGUGUAUUUGAAAUAUGUGCUGUAACAAUAGUACUAAGUAACAUAAACUGGAAAUUCUUGCCUGUUGCUGUUGGAUUUAUAAUCGUUGCAGUCAUAUUGCGUUAUUUUUAUUUACCAGUAGGAAGAAGCUUGAAAAGAAUGGAAUCCACAACAAGAAGCCCCUUGAUUGGCCAUUUAAAUUGCACUCUGGAAGGUUUAAUAACAAUAAGGGCAUACAAAAAGCAAGAAGCGUUGAUCAAAGAGUUUGAUAGGCAUCAUGAUUUAUACACCUCAUCGCAUUUUUUGAACUUAGUCACAUCUAAAGCAUUUUGUUUUUUAGUUGAUGCCACUUGUAUACUAUUAAUCACCUUCAUUGUUGUUAGGUUCUUGUUUUUUGAUACGGAUAUUUCUGCUGGUAGUGUGGGUCUCGCUUUAACUCAAGUGAUGGUGUUAUCGGAGACAGUUCAGUGGUCCACCAAGAACUGGGCAAAUCUAGAAACCCUAAUGACAAAUCUUGAGAGAGUGUUGGAAUAUACCGAAAUUAAACAAGAAAGCAAAAAAGGAAAAACUCUAGAAAACUGGCCUAAAAAGGGUUCGGUAAAGUUCAACGCUGUGUCUCUACGUUACAGUAAAAAUGAAAAUAUUCUUAGAGAUUUGACUUUCACCGUUAAAGCCCGGCAAAAAAUCGGUAUAAUAGGAAGAACAGGGGCCGGCAAAUCAUCGAUAAUAUCUACUCUGUUUCGAUUGUAUGAAAUACAAGGAAACAUCUUUAUUGAUGAAGUCGACAUUAAAUGUUUAAGCUUGGAUUUUCUGAGAAAGAGUUUAGCCAUCAUACCUCAAGACCCGGUUUUAUUCAAUGGGACAAUGCGAUUCAACAUAGACCCCACAAAUUCUUUCUCAGACAAAGAUGUGUGGAGGGUCUUAGAGUUGGUGAAAUUAAAAGACAGCGUAGUUUCUCUUGAUUCAGAAAUACACAAAAACUCGAGCUUCAGUACGGGUCAAAAACAACUAAUAUGUUUAGCAAGAGCAAUAAUACGCAAAAGUAAAAUUAUUCUUUUGGAUGAGGCCUCUGCUAAUAUGGAUUUGGAAACUGAAAAGUUACUGCAAGACGUCAUUGAAAGUAAUUUUCACAAUCAAACGUUAUUCGUUAUAGCACACAGAUUGAGUUCCAUAAUCAGUUGUGAUAAAAUUUUGGUUUUAAACAAUGGACAACUAAUUGAAUUCGAUUCACCGAAAGUAUUAUUAAAGAAUAAGAAUGGAUAUUUUUAUAAAAUAAUGAAUAGCUUAAGAAAAUAGUUACAUAGCUAGUUUAAUAAAUAAGUUACUAAAGCACACUGAUCCAAUCUCGAUGAAUUGCUCACCAAACUCCAAAGUUCCUUUUGUUCUUUACACAUUUUUCUCUUUUCUAAAAAACACAACAUAAAAAGUAAUGUGAUAAAAAAAACAGUUAUAGUAGGUACCUACUUUUAUUUCGUAUUUUAUGACAGGACACAUUUUUGUACUGAAACCCAUUUAAUUUUGCAACUGGUUUAUGGGGAAAAAGUUCGCAAACCGCUCUAAGUUUAAUUUUACA